AUGGAUUUCUUGCGCUUGGUGGGGGAGGUGCGGGACAAGCUGGUGGUGCGGACGGCCAAGGACGACGACCGCCGCGGGUUCACGUCGUCGCCACCCUGCUCCGCCGUGGCCGCCUCGCAGAACGUGUCCAAUGCAUUGGACCGAGUGCCCUGGAACUGGGUGUGCCUGAACCUGGUGUCGCUGCUCGAACGAUACCCGAGCGGGGUGACCAUGGCCAUCGUCCUCUCCGACUUGCAAAACCUCUGGGAUGAAACGAGCAUCGAGUGGCGCUACGGCAUCUCCCGGCGUCUGGAGUCAAUCGACAAGAUCAAGGCCACCAAGAAGGUGGGCCUGACCGCCAUCCUCGAGGCCAGCAUCGCCGAGGCCAAGCAGACCCCCGGCACGCAGACCUCUGCAGGACGAGCACAGCAAGAGAAGAUCGAGUGGUACCUGCACCAAAAGUUCUAUCCACUCGUCGCCAAGGGCCUGUUCACCGAGCGAAGAACGCUCCGGUUGACUGGCUGCCAACUGGUCGUGCGAGACCUUCGCCUGCUGCCGACCGAAUUUGCUGUCCUAGUUCUCACGGAUAGCGACAGGGCUUACAUCCGCACCAAGUUCGUGGACUCGCUGCGCACGAUCACUCUCGACAGGGACCCCAGGGCCACCGAGCCCAUCGACCUCCAACGAGAGUACCACAUCUUCGUCAAGGUGCAUUCGAUCUCGAGCCAAAAGGCGCAGGAGUUCAUGCACCGAACAGAGACGCGGGUUGCGAUCAAGGACAGCUCCCAUGGCUCGCCCUUCACCACGUCUUCCUCCUCGACGACGUCGAACUUGAGCAUGACCGCGACCGACGCCACAUUCACCCUGUGGGACGAUCAAACCAAACUGGCUACGCUGUUCAAGGAGGGAGACUACCUGGCGAUCUCCAACCCCAAGUUCCCACUGGCGGGCGCCUGGAAGGACAAGCGCACGCUCGAAUACGGCCCUCAGACCAUUGUCCACGUGUUGCCGAUGGCACCAUCGCAGGACCUUGUGAGUUCUUCCACGAGUCCUUACGCGCUGACCCCGACGCCCACGCAGUUCCGAGUCCCCAAAGACGAAAAGGGGAACCGCGACCUCAGACACUUUCCCGAGCCAGUCGCGUUUCAAGAUCUACGGGCCAACAUGGUGAACGUUUCUCUGUUUGGCCGCAUCAUUCGAAUGGGCAAGAACGCACCGUUCGUUCGACCCGGGCUGCCGUCCGUCGCGCGGUAUCCUCUGGUGCUGCAGAGCGUCGAGACCAACGAAGAAGCUGGCGGAGAGGAGGCCGCUGGGUACAGCCGCAGUGUAACCCUGUGGGACAAUUUGGUGAGCACGCUCCCGGGUUGGCUCAUGUCGCCCGACCUCUACACCACGGUCUCGCUCGAAGGCGGGGCGAAGCUGACCAACUUCAUAUGCCGGGCUACCAUCGUCGGCUGGACCCCGUUCCUGUCGACCCACCUCGUCCUCUACACGGCUCACUCGCGGUGUAAGCGUCAGGUGGUGCAGAUUGAAGAGAAGGGCCAAGAGGGCAAGACCGAAAUUCAGUGCGAGUUUUGUGGAGUGUCCUGCAAACCUGACGCAGGCGUAUGUCCGGCGGAACUGGCCUACGAGAUCUACUGGAAGCUCGAGGACUCCACCGGCGAGCUCAAAGUGCUGGCCACGCCCCAGGUCAACCAGGCCAUUAUGCAGAUGGCCCCGCAGGAGUUCGCCAAGAUGCCAUCGCAGCACCAGACGGCCAAGCUCAACUCCAUCCUCGGCCAGGAGUUCGUCUUCAGCUUCAAGGAGGGUCCACGACGGCAGCUACGACGGAUCGACCAGAUCGCGCCGCCCAACGUCGUCGCGGAAUCGCGCAAGCUGCUCCUCUCCUCAACCCACUAG